CUUCCGUUGCGUAUUGUUAGACGGACGGUACGCUUCGAGUAUCCAUCCGUCCUAAUUCUGUUAAACUUUCUCAUCGAUGACGGAUUCUGUUGGCGAUACUACUCCACAAACAACUCAGCCUGCGACCAAUUUCGCAUCAUUGUCCUCUCUUACUCAAUAUGUUCAUAGUACUGUCACAUCCAUUCUUGAGGAAUCCGGCGAGGGUUCUGCAACCCUCUUAUCAGUUCUUGAGGACCAGAACACUCGGGAACUGAUUAAAAAAUUUAUAUCAGAUCCACAGAUUCACACUCUCAUAGUACAGAAGUUAUCGAAUAAAGACGAUGAGGAGGAGGUCUCUGAGGGCAGUGUUCCUUAUAGUGUUAUGACAGAUGUCCGGUUUUCUAGUCCUAAGACACUAAGUAUUGUUUUUAUCAAACGUGGGCCUUCCGUAGAGGCGGACAAGAGUUUUAGCUCACAGUUCCGCUUUCUUAACUUCACUGAUGGAUCACCUUAUGAAACCCUGCACUCCAUGAUUAGUGAUGCCAUCAGUCCCUUCUACAAAUCUUAUAUUCGAGAAUCUGGUAGAGCCGAAAGGGACGGCGACAAAAUGGCCCCCAGCGUCGAGAAGACUAUGACGGAUUUGGAAAUGGGCCUACUCCAUCUCCAACAAAAUAUCGACAUUCCCGAAAUUUCACUUUCUGUUCAUCCGUUGGUUGCCCAGAUCAUCAGACAAAAAGCGGAUGCUGGAUCACGUGCUAAGACGUCGGAUUUCGAGGACAAGCUGGAAGAUGCUCACUUCCUUAACACGCUGCAGUCUGGCGUAAACCGUUGGAUCAAAGAAAUCCAAAAGGUAACGAAGCUUGAUCGGGACCCUGCAUCAGGAACAGCCCUUCAAGAAAUAACAUUUUGGCUAAACUUGGAACGCAGUCUAGUGCGCAUUCAGGAGAAACGGGAGUCUCUUGAAGUCACUCUAACUUUGGAUAUUCUAAAACAUGCUAAAAGAUUUCAUGCCCUCGUCAGUUUUGACAAUGAUACUGGCCUUCAACAAGCAUUGGCUACAGUCGCAGACUAUAAUCCUUUGAUGAAGGAUUUUCCUUUAAACGACCUUCUGUCUGCAACAGAGUUAGAUAAGAUUAGGUUGGCUGUCCAGUCCGUCUUCACUCAUCUUCGCAAAAUCCGGAACACAAAGUAUCCCAUUCAGCGCGCCUUACGCUUGAUUGAAGCGAUAUCUAGAGAUCUUUGCACACAAUUACUUAAAGUCCUUGGUACACGGCGUCUGAUGCACAUGCCAUUCGAAGAAUUCGAGCACGUUAUGGUCUCUUGUUUCGAAGUUUUUACUACGUGGGACGAAGAAUAUGAUCGUCUACAAGGACUUAUGCGUGAUAUAAUCAAAAAGAAACGGGAGGAGCCAAUGCGUAUGGUUUGGAGAAGUAAUCCCGCUCAUCGACGACUGCAGAUUCGCCUGGAUCACAUGAGAAACUGUUUGUACUUCACAAACCAAACUCCUACUGUCAUUCUUUCUCUCCCCCAGGGCUUCGAUCCCAGCGGUCGUAUUGAGGACAUGGCCUCAGAGCACCAGAAGCAGCUGGCGAGCAUAGCUAUCGGCUCAGCCGAAGGGUUUUCGCAGGCUGACAAGGCCAUCAAUUCGGCCGCCAAAAGUGGCAAAUGGGUGAUGCUGAAGAACGUACACUUGGCCCCCGGCUGGUUGGUACAGUUAGAAAAGAAGCUGCACAAUGUGCAACCACAUCCAAACUUCCGUCUCUUUCUCACCAUGGAAAUCAAUCCCAAAAUCCCGAUCAACUUGCUCCGAGCCGGACGGGUGUUUGUCUUUGAACCACCGCCAGGAAUCAAGUCCAGUCUCCUACGUACCUUCGCCAGUAUUCCUGCCAGUCGCAUUACUCGCACUCCUGCUGAACGCUGCCGGCUGUAUUUCUUACUAGCUUGGUUCAACGCUGUCGUCCAGGAGCGCCUACGCUACGUUCCUCUGGGCUGGUCCAAACGCUAUGAAUUCAACGAAUCCGAUCUGAAAGUCGCCUGUGACACUGUGGACACUUGGGUUGAUAGUGCUGCAAUGGGCAGGACUAACAUUCCGCCAGCAAAGGUGCCAUGGGCAGCUUUACGCACACUGCUUGGGCAGAGCAUAUACGGUGGAAAGAUUGAUAAUUUAUUCGACCAGCGCUUGAUGGAAACUUUUUUGUCCGUCCUGUUUACCGAAGCCAGUUUCGAACACAACUUCCAACUAGUGCAAAACGUCGAUGGUCAAAGUGGUAAGCACAUUUUCGUGCCCGAGGGAAGCACUCGUGAAGCUUUACUGUCAUGGAUCCAGCAAUUACCUGAUAUACAAACCCCUUCCUGGUUGGGGUUGCCCAACAAUGCUGAAAAAGUACUCCUCACCAAUCUAGGUCAGGAGAUGACGAAUAAUCUCCUAAAACUUCAAGAGGCUGUCACUGACGAUGAGUCUUUGGUGACCAGUGCGUUUGAUCGGAAAAAGUCGUCUGUGGUCACUGAUAGUCGGCCCGCUUGGAUGCGUCAGUUGCUCACGAGCGCCACGUCAUGGCUCUGUUUGUUGCCAAAAUCUCUUAAACGUCUUACUCGCACUACCGAAAACCUCCGCGAUCCUUUGUAUCGCUUCUUUGAGCGUGAAGUCAACAGCGGCGCGAACUUGCUCUCCUCUGUUCGACAUGAUUUGGAAGUUGUGAUUGCCGUCUGCUCCGGAGAACAGAAGCCCACGAAUCGCCAUCGUAAUCUUAUGUCCGAAUUAGUGAAAGGCUUGAUCCCUGAUGAUUGGCAACGUUACACGAUCCCUAAGAAUAUGACAGUCAUUCAGUGGAUCAACGACUUUGCACUGCGCAUUAAACAACUUAUUAUGAUCAGUGAAACUGCCGGAUCAAGCGGUGUUGUUGCUUUGCAGAGCAUUCAGGUUUGGCUCGGGGGUCUUUUCAUGCCGGAGGCUUACAUCACCGCUACCCGUCAGUUUGUGGCUCAGUCCAACGGAUGGGCCUUGGAAGAACUCUAUCUGGAUGUCAGCUUAGUUGUGCCCGUCACUUCGACUCAGUCCCCAUCGGCCGAGGCAGGCGCGUUCGUUGUCCGUGAUUUGUGGCUGAUGGGCGCCGAACCAGUGAACGCAUCCACUCUUUGCUUGUCUGAUACGAUCUCCGUGGUUUUGCCAUUCACCGUUUUAAAAUGGAUCAGACUAUCCACUGAAGCUCAAGUCGAGCGCCGUGUAGAGAAGGAUGGUAUCGUUCGGCUUCCAGUCUAUAUGAACGGAUCCCGUUCUUCCGUUUUGUUUACCGUGCAACUGGCUACAAAGGAGGCGACGAACCGGUUCUACGAGCGUGGUGUCGCACUGCUUGCGUCAUUCUUGGCCUAAUUGCACCCAGUCCCUUCGCAUUAAUUCGUGUCAGUCACACCAUCACACACACAACCACGCCUUUUCCUUUUCGGGAAAUCAGCGGCACAUGACAUAUUCUCCUCACUGUCAUGGUGGCGUUUCUAUGCAUAUCCACACCUCUUCUGUUCAUUUCUCCGAUGUGGCCUCUUCGGCUUCAGACUCUCCAGCUCCGAUGUGUAUACGCGCCCUUUAGAACUCGCAGGACCCCUAUACACUUGCGUAUCUGACCUGCUAUUCCUGUGGCCAUGGUGGCUCGUUUGUUUCCGUGCUCCCGCACCGCGCUGCGGUGACUCGAGCUUUUAAUCAGUUUCUCUUUUACCCACCACCAUCACCAACUGACUUUAUUUGUUCGUUCCGUUUCAUGUGAUGUCUACCUUUGCGGUUGAGUUGUUUUAUAACCUUGAUCUAUAACAAGGUGAUAAGCCCAUGCAUCAGCACUACCCAUAUUGCAUCUCA